GCUGCACAUCUCAAACGCAUGCAUCUGUGAUUCAUUCAAGAGUCGGAUCGUCUGUGUACGUGGAGAGCGAGAGGAGAGCACGCGCAUGGCUUUAGGGAACAUGGGAUAGAGAUCGUGUUUGAGUUUGACCAGCACGGGCUGUGAGAGCUAAUCAGCUGACCUGCAGCAUCCCUGACCGUGUGCAGGUCUGGUAAUCGACCUGCGCUCAGCGUGUUAUGCUGCCGAGAGAGGGCUCAGGUGACGGAGAAACUACGGCGCCAUGGCGGCAGAGAUCCAUCCCCGUCCGCAGACACGAAAGCCCGUCCUGCUGAGUAAGAUCGAGGGUUUCCAAGAUGUGGUGAAUACGGCUGUGAUCAUCCCCAAAGAGGACGGGGUUAUCAGCGUAUCUCAAGACAGGACAAUCCGCGUGUGGUUGAAGAGGGACAGUGGUCAGUACUGGCCCAGUGUCUUUCACACAAUGCCAGUGGCGUGUUCAUGUAUGUCAUUUAACCCAGAGACAAGGAGGAUCUCUGUAGGGUUGGAAAAUGGCACUGUAUCGGAGUUUGUCUUAUCGGAGGACUACAACCAAAUGACUCCUGCACGAACAUAUCAGGCUCAUCAGGGUGGUGUGACCGUGGUGCUUUUUGUCUUAGAGAUGGAGUGGGUUCUAAGCACAGGUCAGGACAAGAGCUUUACGUGGCAUUGCUCAGAGAGCGGACAGCAGCUGGGCACAUACAGGACCACAGCAUGGGUGUCUGGACUACAAUUUGAUGUGGAAACCAGACAUGCCUUCGUUGGAGAUCAUUCCGGUCAAGUGACAAUCCUAAAGCUGGAGCAGGACAACUGCAGCAUGGUCACCACCUUUAAAGGCCACACAGGUAAUGUCACAGCCCUGUGUUGGGAUCCUGUGCAAAGGGUUUUAUUCUCUGGAAGUUCUGAUCAUUCAAUCAUCAUGUGGGACAUUGGAGGCCGUAAAGGCACAGCCAUUGAGUUGCAGGGACACAAUGAUAAAGUGCAGGGUUUGUGUUACGCUCCUCACACCCGUCAGCUCAUUUCCUGUGGCUCAGAUGGAGGAAUGGUUAUCUGGAACAUGGAUGUCACACGACAAGAGACUCCUGAGUGGCUUGACAGCGACUCGUGUCAGAAAUGUGAACAGCCAUUCUUCUGGAAUUUUAAACAGAUGUGGGACAGUAAGAAAAUUGGCCUGCGACAGCAUCACUGUAGGAAGUGUGGCCAGGCCGUGUGUGGAAAGUGCUCCUCUAAACGCUCCACUAUUCCCCUGAUGGGAUUUGAGUUUGAGGUGCGGGUUUGUGACAGUUGUCACGACUCCAUUACAGAUGAGGAACGGGCGCCCACUGCAACAUUCCAUGACAGUAAGCACAGCAUCGUACACAUGCAGUAUGAGCCAACCAGGGGCUGGCUGCUCACCUCUGGGACAGACAAAAUCAUCAAGCUAUGGGACAUGACUCCAGUGGUAUCAUGAGAAUCCUGAAGGCAGGAACUAAGAAUCAGUGCUGAACCUGAACUGAGAAGCAUGUGUUUGUGGAAAGCAUUCAGAGUUCAGGUCACUUUCCGUGGGCAGCUUCAUCUCAUGGAGGAAAAACUCAAGGAUUUCAUGACAUUGAACUGAGCAUGUGCAUUUGUAUGUAUUUGUGCAUGUGCACGUGGAUUAUGGGAACAAACGUGUAAAUAUUGUCCAGUCUAAAUCUGCUUAGUUCGGGUUGUUUAUAUUGACAUAAACCAGUGUUAUGUUGUCUGUGAAACUCAUCUUAUAUCUUAUCGCAAACACAAAUGAAUCCUUGUUACACUGCAUCAAAGCAUGUUGGAACGGUUUUAUAUUCAAGUGCCUUUACCGCACCUCAAUCAGUGGUUUUUGGCAUGGGGAAAUAGUCUCUGCUAUUGCCUCCUCGUCAUCUAUUUGACUCUUUAAAACUAAGCACUUAGUUUUCCUGGUGUUUUAAUACCAGUAAAUUUAAUUGGAGGAUUUAAUGUGCACAUAAUCAUAAAUGUUGUUGUUUACACAGGGUGAAAUUCAAUAAUGCUUCAUUGUCAUAAUGGUGUGUUUGAUCUUAUUAAAGCUGAUGUUUCAUAGACAUCUCAUUACUUGUAAGAAACAUUCACGAUAUUUCAUUCUUUCAUUAGAUCAGAAAAUAUUAUGGUGGAGGUUUAAAACAAAUUUUGACUUUAUUUGUCAGGCAUAUUUUUUGCUGUAUGUUGAAUCAUGCAAGUGGACAUUUGGGCAUUGUUAAUAGCUCAUUGUAAAGCCACAGUGGGUAAAACAUUACAACUGAAUGGUCACAGGGUUCGGAUAAAUAAAACAAAAAAUGGCACAAAAUAAAGAUGCUUUACUUUAUAACUGUGUAAUUGCAAAUGUGGCCCUGGACCACAAAACCAGUCAUAAAAGAUGUAUGGUUUGUUAGGAUAGGACAAUAUUUGGCUGAGAUACAACUAUUUGAAAAAAAAAUCAAAAUAUUGAGAAAAUUGCCAUUAAAGUUGUCCAAAAGAAGUUCUUAGCAAUGCAUAUUACUAAUCAAAAAAUACUUUUUGAUAUAUUUAUAGUAGGCAAUUUACAGAAUAUACCUUCAUGGAACAUGAUCUUUAUUUUUGGCAUAAAAUAAAAAUUUAUAAUUUUGACCCAUGCAAUGUAUUGUUGGCUAUUUAUGACUGGUUUUGUGCUCCAGGGUCACAAAUGUGGAGGUUGGAUUGCCUAUUAGCUUUGACAAAAAUGUCCAUUUUAAAGUACACUUCCAUUUAAAAUUUGUGGUCAGUUUUUUGUUUUUGUAAUGAGUCUCUUAAGCUCAACAAGGCUGCGUUCAUUUGAUCAAAAAUACAGUAAAAACAGUAAUAUUGUGAACUAUGUUUACAGUUUAAAAGAACUGUUUUCUAUUUGAAUAUAUUUUAAAAUAUAAUUUAUUCUCUUGAUAGCAAAGCUGAAUUUUAAGCAGUCUUCAGUAUCACAUGAUCCUUCAGAAAUAAUGUGUUGAUCUGUUGCUCAAAAAACAUUGUAAUGAAUGUAAUGUAAUGAAAACAGUAAGUGCUGCUUAAUAUUUAUGUGGAAAUAGUGAUAUAUUUUGCGGGAUUCUUUGAUGAAGAAAAGCAUUUACUUGGAAAAACAAUAAUAAAAAAUGAAUAAAAGUAUUGAUUUCUCUUAAGAAUAAAAAGUCUUACUGACCGCAGACAUUUGAAUGGUAGUGUAAAUAAUAACAACUGGAGUGAAAGUCUUUAUUCAUUUUGAAAUGAAAGUAUUGUUUUUUUGUCACUGGAGCAACACUGUUAUUCUUUUACUGUUUGUAAUGGUUCUUUAAUUCUAUAAAUAAAAACCA